GGCAUGUUAAUAUGCCAUAAAUAACGCUGAUAAACAUCGCAAUACUUACACAUCACUAUGUAGAGUGUAUAUAAUUCAUCUAGUAAGAGCUGUGUAUGCAAUAAUGUAAUGGAGGGAGGAUGGAUUCUAAUGGGCAUAGAGAAAAAAUGCAUUACAAACUGAUUUAAAUAUCCAUUUAAUAUACCUCAUGGAACACAUCUUGUAAUAGUAUGUCAAUAUACAAUCUUUCGGCAUGAUGGAGUCUUCUAAAUGCCCCGUAAACGACUAUAUAGGCGAAAUUAAUGCCAUCACUUCUAAAAUCACUGCUGAGAAGUGUUAUAAGCGCCUGGUGAUGUAUGGGUCGAAAUUACAUUUGCCUAGAGGAGAACUGUUGCCAGGAAGCAAAGUGCUGCUUAGUGAAUUGCUGCUAGUAAACUUCGUGAGCCAAUCUGAUAAUGGGAAUACUGGUGAACGUUUAUUACCACGUCUGAUGGAAGAAUGUAUUCAUCCAUUGGCAAAGGAGAUAUGCGGUGCCAAUAGUAUAGAUAAAAUUUGUGGCACCCUGACAGAUACAACCACCAGACAACAGCGUAAAAGACCCGAAAGUAAAACUUCAGAUGCACCAAAUGAUACGCCAAUUGAAAAUCAGCCAAAGAAACUCCGUACAUCUGUCGAUAACGUAUCUGCAGAGGGGGAUCUAGGAUUAAACACAACAACUAUGUCAGGUGGGAGUGAUGUUGCCGACUCGGUACAUGAUAAAGAGAAAUCAGGUGGUGAGAAACAUUUUUCACAUUCUUUUAGUGAUAUAAUUAAGUCACCAGAACACUUACUCUCCGUAAUUGCACAAUCCACUGCAACGUUAAGACCCUGGGAACUAUACGGAAAUUAUACAGGGAGAUCUAAAUCGGAAAUAUGGGUCUCGAGAAUGUCAACGGUAUUCACGAUAAUCGCAGGAUUGGAAGGUAUAUCUGAUGCCACCCACUGUAGUGAUUGUGAUAAAUUAAUAAACAAGUUGUAUACAUCUUUUCAUUGGAACCUGCGUUGUAUAUUGUGCAUGAUGAAAAGAUAUGAAGAUGUAGAAGCUUUGCAAGGCAACCUGUUUCAAAAUAUUAUCGCAGCAUACUACAAUGGAGAUGGCCUAGUAAGUACUUUCUACUCCUACUUGGAAAAGGGAAUUGGAUAUACCAACGCCAUUUCCGAUUGCAUAAAUAGAAAUACAGAAGUUAUGGCCAAAGUAGUGGCAUCCUGGAUAUCUGAUGAACGUAUACAUUGUUUUGUUGAUCCAAUCGUUUAUAUGAGUGUCCAUCAACUGCUAUUUAAUGCAAUAUUAAAACUAGGUACUGCAAAUGAACUCCAACCUAUGGGCCAAGAGAGAUUAGAAGUUUUUCGGGAUGCAGUCGUAUCAUUUAUCAUGGGUUCGGUGGCAGAGUUCUUAGAUUAUAUGUGCAAUGCAAACAAUCUAUCCUGUGAUGAACAUUGCACAAUGGAUGUUCAUUAUGCAUACCACUUCAACGCUAGACUGCAGCGCCUUGAAUAUAUGGUGGAUAAUUAUGUCAAUACCAUAUCUUCCGUAAUGAACACGACAGAUGAAAUUGCGAUUCAUAUUUUACCGGCUAUUUUAUCUCCGUUUCUAGGUGAUAACAAAAUCUAUAGAUGGAUUGCAGGAUUGGAUUUCAAAAACGUCGUUGACGAACAGCAACGUCGGCACUGUAGAUUGGCUAUCGUAAUCAUGUAUAUUAUAAUUCUAAACCACCAACACCCAUCUAUUAGGUCAGAAGAAGUGCGUUUCAUGCGCAAGUUCCACUCUCUCCCGUGGGCAUCAGCAAUACGCUUUUGUUGUGAAGACCCAGUGAUGUUCUACAUGGUUGGGCCGAUGAUAUGCGCCCUUGUGCAAUAUGCUGGGGAAGGAAUUCUAAUUAAUAUGUCAACAGAUGAAAGCAUUGAUACCAUUGUUGACAGAACACUUCAUUACCAGUUACAAGAAUGUAAAGAAGCCGAAGGACCAAAUGCGCUAAGCCAUGAACUAAUAAAGAGUGUAAGCAGCAAAUCUCCAUCUUUUGUCAUAGAUAUCAUUCGGAAAAAAAUAAUAUCUACACUUCUUAAUCAUAACGUUGAAGUGGAAUCCAUGCCACUGUCGUCAUGGAGAUAUUAUGCUGUAGCUAACUUGUCACCCUUGUUAUGCCAAAGCGAUGAAUAUAUACAAGGUGUUGCCAUAAAUGAUCUUACUCCGCAGAACAAAGGCAUUUGGGACAGAGGAAAACAUACAAAUGCUUCUCAAUGGGUAUUAUACUAUUUGAACGUGCUCUACUCCAAAGAAUGUACCCUUUUUGAUACAGCGUUGUUAGACACUAUAAUAUACAACUAUAUCUUGAAAGAAGCCGAAUGCACAGAAAUAUUCAAGGAUGCACAUUUGAUGCCCCUUACUGACGAUAGCGGAGAUGAUGUCCUGCAGGCGUAUAUUUCAACAAAUCACAUUGCAUUACAGCAAAAUCCUAUAAAUUUGCUUUUACGUAUGCCUUCCAUGUCCGUAAUGGCAUUUUUCCUGCUUCGAGCUUUCUGCAAUAUUAUGCUACAACUAUUCUACAGCUUAUACAAAUACGUUUGCUAUGGCUUUCCAAUGUCUGGUAUGAACUUCAAGACUACUCUGGGAGUAAUGGAUAUAAACGCUCUACAGGAAUCAGCUGCACUCAAUUUGGUGAUAGAGAUGCUCCAUGAAAAUAUAUCUGGAACGUUGGAAGCCAAUGUGGCUAGUUUCAUUUCAUUAAUGACUUCAAAGCCGACAUUUAACAAAGCCGUAAUAGUUUCCAGCGGGCUGCCUAUGAAAAGUGUGAUACGCUGGGUUGACCCUGGUGUUACAGAAGAUAAAAUGCUUGAAAAAACAGCUGAAAUAUUUGUAAAAUCUGUUGAAAGCUUGUUGAAUGAAAUCAAGAAAGAUAAUAGCAUAAGCCAUUUGGAUGCAAUUACCAUAUGCAAGCAGGAUAAUACACAAAAGCUAUGUCUGGAGCCUCACGGUGCUGAUAAAGUGGCAAUUUAUCACCUUUAUAACGUGCUGUUGAAGAUAGUAGAUAUACCUGAGCUUUCAAUGGAACCUAAAGACAUGGAGCAAGACAUAAAUGCAAAAAAUAUUUUAAAUGUAGUCACCACCGUUUGGUCCUGCUUGAAAGUGGGAGGAGAAAACGCAUUGGUUAUGGCAUUUAUCAAAGAUUCCAUAUCCAUCACGCUCCAGAUCCAUUAUCUAUGCCCCUGGAUGAUAAAAAUAUCAAUAGAACAGAUACAGACGUGGAUAUAUUCGGACGCUGGCAAAAAUUCUAGUUUAAAGGAAUAUACUAGUUCUAUCAUCAACAAGUUAGACCGAAUGUAUCGAGAUAUAAUGGAGAGGAGUGCAAAUUUGGAGUUGCAAUGAAAUGAACACAACAUAAUGUUGAAUUCAUAU